AUGAUCCCGACCGUUCGAACGCCCGAUUUGGCCCAGGCGGACUUCGAGGCGCUACUGCUGACGUGGACGCCAGGUUCGGAGGGUGGAGACAUGAAAGGGUUGGCUCGGAAGCAGGUUCGGAUGGAGGCUCGGGUGGUGAUGGACGGGGGGGAGAAGGGCAAUCAAGAGGGCAACAGCAGCGACGGGCAGCCACGCACUCUUAAGCGCCCCCGCCUCGUCUGGACCCCACAGCUGCACAAGCGGUUUGUGGACGCGGUGUCGCAUCUGGGCAUCAAGAACGCCGUUCCCAAAACCAUCAUGCAGCUUAUGAACGUGGAGGGAUUGACAAGGGAGAAUGUGGCUUCACAUUUGCAGAAGUACCGGCUCUACCUUAAGCGGAUGCAGGGCCAUUCUGGGGACGACCCAUCAGGAGGGGACCCGCUCUUCUCCUCCACGCCUCUCCCCACCAGCCUCAACAGCCCGCCCCAGCCCUUCUUCCCCCCAUCCGCGCCUCCUCCCCCCACCGCUCCUCCCCCUCUCAACCCCCUCGCGGCCGCUGCUGCCGCCGCCGCAGCAGCAGGGGGAAACCCUAUGGGGAACCUCAGGGGAGCUCUAUCCGCGUUAGGAGCAGCAGGCCUGUCCUCCCUCCCUCCUUCACUCCACCCAGACGACCCUCUCCUCUCCUCCCCUCACUUCUCCGCGGCUGCUGCUGCUGCCGCCGCCGCCGCCGCUGCUGCAGCAGCCGGAGGAGGGUCAAACCCCCUGCUCUCUUCCCAGCUAGCUGCGUCUCUUUCGAAUUCCCAGCAGCAGCAGCAACAGCAGCAGCAGCAGCAGGCGGCAGCGGCGCAAUACCUUGCCGCUGCUCAUAACCCUGUAGGGAAUCCUCUUGGUGCUGCUGCUGCGGCUGCGGCUGCUGCAGCAGACCCGAUUUUGGGACGGGCGCUGAGUGCGUAUGCGGCCGCUGCUGCGUUUUACGACCUUCAGAACAGUCACGGGCAGAAUAAUCUUGGGCAGAAUAGUCACGUUGGGGCAGGGUUGGGGGGAGGCGCUGGUGGGGGGAUGCAUGGGGGGGGAGGGCUUGGGGGAAUGCACGCUGGGGGACUGGGGGGCGGACAUGGGGGGGGAUUAAGUGGAGGACAUGUGGGGGGGAUGGGAGGAGGGUCGAACCAGCCACCAGGAGCAGCAGCAGCAGCCGCGGCGGCGGCAGCAGCAGCGGCUGCGGCAGCAGCACAGCAGCAAAGGUCACCUUCCCUCCCUUUUGCCCCGUCCCAAUUCAAUUCCUUGCUGUCUGCAGCUUCAGGGGGAAUGGGUGGUGGCUUGGGGGGAGCAAUGGGAGGGGAUAUGGGAGGUGCGGCAGCAGCAAUGGCGGCAGCUGCGGCGGCCGCUGCUGCUGCGGCGGCGGCAGGUUCGGCAGGAGGAGGAGGGGGAGGAGGGGUGGCAGCAGGAAGGGGACCGUCACCGGCUCGACAGGUGCUGAGCCUCUUUCCAGAGCAGCAGUGA